GGAAUGAGUGGAACAAUUAUAACAUGGUUUCUAUUGGCAUUUGCAUCGAUAAUGACACAUGCAAUCGAGGUGAACGUUACGGGUGAGUGGCGACCUGAGCUGGGAUGGGAAGUUACGUGUAGCUGGCAGACUUUGUCCAAUGACUCCCUCCAAUCAGUCAGACUGUACAACAAUGGACAACAGUUUAUGAUAUAUAGACUUGAGAAACAUGGCUCUAAACGAAGUGAGGUAUUCCAAACACCCCAAUUAGUUAUGCACAUAGAUUGUGCUACAACCAAAGACAAAGGACAAGAGGGACGCUGCGUUAUGCUCCUAGAGCCUUUCCAGCCUUCUCUAAAUGAUUUCGUUUACACAUGCGAAGUUUCUGGCGAAAGACCGAUGUUCCGGAUAGAGAAAAAGGAUUACCUCGUAAAAAUUCUUGUACCACCGUCAAACGCCACACUCACUAGCCAGUACCAAGACGGAUCAUCUCCAACACGCGUAAUGCUCAAUUGCUCCUCUUCGGGUCUUCCGGCACCAACCUUGAAGUGGACUGUAAAUAAAGAUAAGCUCGAAGCAGACUUCACCGGUCGUGUCUGGAACGCGACGUCAAAACUUUGGAAUGUGUGGUCAUAUUUGUCGUACACUCGCGACACCAACUCAAAGGUUCUCUGCAGUCCAGAAGUAAAUUCUAAUAAUGAGGUUAUUAAAGGAAUACCGGCUGAAUUUAACUCUGCUCCUAGAUAUAUUGGUUAG